AUGCUUCUUUCUGCAGUCCAAGUCCACGGAACUACCUGGAAAGACAUCCAGCGUGGCUACUUUCCCACCCGUUCAGCAAACAAUAUCAAGAACCAAUUCACAAUUCUAAGCCGGCGGCAAAGGGGCUCGAGCUCCAGCGACUUUUCGACAAGGGCUUCCUCGCCAGUAAAUCACUCCGGGGCACAGAGUACUAUGGACGCCGCCACACCCGAGCAUGAUCUUUGCAUCGAUCAGUAUCUGCAGCUACUGCCAGCCGAGGAGGCUUUUGAUGCUCACGACAAGACGUUUUGCAACUGGGCACUUAACGCGGAGGAUUUGGUCCGUGUAGAUCAGGAGCAAAUUGGCAAUUUUUUGCACCCUGACAAUCUCCUGAUGAAUCCAAGUGUUCUCUGUGCGGACUUGAACCCAGACCUACCGUCCUGGACCGACGAGGCUCCACCAACAUUCAACGGCGAUCAAAGAGAAUCUUCUUCGGCGCACGUCGAAACUACCACGGCCGUGUCUGAUUCUGGUUUCUCGUCCGACCUGCCGGAUGAAGAGACUUCUCGAAUCACUAUUACAGUGGAGGGAGCCGCACCAGAGACUAUCUUGACGGUGAUGAAGAUUCUGUUCGAGUCCAAUGCGCGGGUGGAGUUUCAGCGUGGACAGAUCGAUUCAUAG